AUGUCUUUUUUCCAGAGUUUACACUUGAAUAAUGGUCAUACUAUAAAAACAACAAGAGGUUUCAAGAGAAAUCAGCAAGUUAAUGGUUCUCCAGAUGGAUCAUCUCCCGUUCUGCCUUUAUUUAAUACCCCGAAUUCAAAUGGCAAUGGUGUCAAUAAUAAUAAUAUAAAUGGAGCUCAACAACAACAAUUUCAACAAUUCCCAUAUCCACAACCUUCCUUAAAACCACAAUGGAAUAACUCUACACCAAGUAUUAACGGUCAAAAUACAAACAAUAACAACAAUAAUAAUAACAAUAACUAUAAUCAAAAUUAUAAUUCAGUUACAACACAUAAAGAUAUUAAAACAAUUGUGGAAUCAACUUUAGGAUCUGGAAUAGCAUUGGCUCAAGCUGUUAAAUUACCAAAAGAUGAAAACGUAAAUGAAUGGUUAGCUGUUCAUGUUGUGGAUUUCUAUAAUCAAAUCAAUAUGCUAUAUGGUACCAUAACGGAAUUUUGCUCUCCAAAAUCAUGUCCAAGAAUGACUGCAACAAGUGAAUAUGAAUAUUUAUGGCAAGAUUCCAAUUUAACAAAACCAGUCUCUGUUAGUGCUCCAAAAUAUGUUGAAUCUCUUAUGUUAUGGAUUCAAUCUUUAUUAGAUGAUGAAAAUAUUUUCCCAUCAAUGGCUAAUCAACCUUUCCCUCCACAAUUCCAAUCAUUAGUUAAAACCAUAAUGAAGAGACUGUUCCGUAUUUAUGCUCAUAUUUAUUGUCAUCAUUUCAAUGAAGUUAUAGAAUUGGGACUUAACACGCUGUUAAAUACAAGUUUUAAACAUUUCUUGUUAUUUUCAGAUGAGUUCAAUUUAAUUGCAAAUAAAGAUUUCGGACCUUUACAAAAUCUGGUGAUAGAGAUGUUGGUACAUGACGAUAACAAGGAACAAAAUAAACAACAAUUCAAUGGAUAUACAAAUGGGUUUUAA